CGCCCCUUAGGCGUUCUCAACCAAUCCGACGAAGGCGGAAGUGGAUAGCGGAGGCGGAUGCAGGAAGUGCGAUAGGAUUAUAUUGUUGUCGGAGCCGCUGCUGUUGGUUUCGUGAGAGGGGUUCGCCAUGGUCUGCGAAAAAUGUGAGAGAAAACUGGGCACUGUAAUUACACCUGAUACAUGGAAGGAUGGUGCAAGAAACACGACAGAAAGCGGUGGGAGGAAAUUAAAUGAAAACAAAGCAUUGACAUCAAAGAAGGCAAGGUUUGAUCCUUACGGCAAAAACAAAUUUGCAAUAUGCAGAAUUUGUAAAAGUUCAGUUCAUCAGCCAGGCUCCCAUUAUUGCCAGGGAUGCGCGUACAAAAAAGGCAUCUGUGCAAUGUGUGGGAAGAAAGUCUUGGAUACAAAAAACUACAAGCAAACAUCUGUCUAAUUAAAUACUGUGACUUUUUUAUUGACCACAUUUAAGUUUAGAUACAGUUGGUAAAGAUUAUUAUUAUCCAAAAUAUUUUUAAAAGAUGAACUGCUCUUUCAGAAUUUGCAUAAACAUCACCAUUCUAGUUCUGGUUUCCAGUGUCAUUGUAUAGUCUUACCUCAUGUGUUUAUGGGUUUGUGGUAAAAGAGAUCAGAAGUAGCCUGAUAGUCAAAAUCUUCAUUUGUGAUUUUUUGAUAUAGUGAUGUAAAGAGUGGUGUGGCAAUGACUUUUAAUGGCCCAGUCAGAAAAAGUGAACAGAAUAAUGUUAUGAAUGUUCAGUCUGAACAAAACUGAAAAUAUUUCAAAAUUUCAGUAUCCUCACAAUUACUCUUUACACCAAGACUGAGAGGCUCAAUUGUGUGUUUCAAGUUCAUCAAUAGAAGCCCUUCUAAUCAAAGAAAACUAGUAUAAAAGAACUAAUUCUGCAAAUGUAAAUCUAAUUAUAUAGAAUAAUGAACAACCUAUGACCCUCCAAAACAAUUGCAGCAGGUUCUUUAAAACAUAUUUUACUUGGACAAAAGCAGAAAGCUUGUGAACAUCAAACAAAUUACCAUAAAAGAUGAUGUGCUUCAUUCAGUUCUGUGGACCCACAAUCUGGGGACCUGGUAUGUAGUAAAUACACUGUUACAGACAUUUCCAACAUGAUUACAAUUAAUCUGGUUUAGUUCAGAAAGAAACCUAAAAUUAGCAUGGAUUUGUCUUCAGCCUCAAAAAUUGUGUUGAGGCAUUUAUUGUACAUAGAAGAGAAACUGUAUAUAAAUUGUAACCAGUUUAUUGUAUUAAAUCAAAACGGCAAUUGCCCAUAUUA